AUAGGGUUCAAAGCAAAACACCAAAAGCCUCGGUACACACACACACACAAAACAGAGCCUCCUCUGCUAUAUUCUCUAUCUUUCUCUCUCUCUAAAUCUCCUUGCACAGAUAAUCUUCUUCCCUUCCACGGCGUAAUCUACGUGGUAGUGCGUUCUACGGUGUUUAGCUCUCUUCCUCUGACUCACGACUAUAUACAUAGCGCCUCCCACUAAAGGCUUGUCACACAGUGCACAUACCGUUUCUGUCUAUCUCUCUACCAACAGCAAUUGAAACUUUGGCUACCUCUGUCUAGAAUUUCCUCCCACAGAUAUCCAUACGCUGAAUCGCACUGCUUAGAAGUAGAAAACACCAAGCGGCGAGAGCCAAACCAUUAGGGUUUGGUUUUGUUCAGGCUUUGGCUUUGUUAUAUUGGAUUAUUAUCAAUUCCAAGGUUCAGGGUUAGUCGAUUUUAUCUUUCUCUUCGAUUCGAGGGUUUGAAUUUCUGUGUUUCCUGUACUGGGUAUGAAUUUUCCUUCAAGAAGUGCUCUGUUUUGGCCAUCUUUAGUGGAGGGAUAGGUUUAUAUUUUGGGUAUUGACUGAAGUUCUAAUUACUGAGAUGAGGGUCUUCUAAGUGCGUUUUUACUGAUAAUUGAGGAAUCUGGAAGCCCUUCUUGAGCUUGUUCUGGGGCACUGAAAGAGCAUAGUAGUUUGUUUCUUCCAAUUGAAUGAAGUUUUUCAUGUUUGACUUGGCAGUAUAUAGUGCAUAGGGAGAAUAGACCCUUGUUACCUUGUACAGGACACUUCAUAUUCUUUUAUUCAAAGUGGUUUUUGAAGCAUAAGAUUUGCAAGAUUAAAUUCAGAACACUAGUUACUUAGUUACGUGGUUUGGUGCACGGAGAGGUUUUGGGGUAAAGAACAACUGAAAUUGGAUUAACAUUUGGAUUGACUUUGUAUGCACACAUUUUGAUUUUGUUGGUUUUAUGGGGUGGAUGCUGACCAUUAAUACGAGGAGGGAGAUAUUAAGCUUUAAUACACGGAGGACAAGUUGCUUUUUUUCUGUUCUGUUAUAUACUGAUCAUGUUUGGUACUAGUUAUGGAAAGAAGUGAGCCAUCAUUAGUUCCAGAAUGGUUGAAAAGCGGUGGAAGUGUAACUGGUGGUGGCACUACAGCCCACCAAUUUCCGUUAUCUUCAUUGCACCCAGUAGAUGAUCAUCACACUGUAUCAAAGCCUGCAAGAAAUAAGUCAUUAGUAACUACUAGAGAUCAUGAUCUUGGACGUUUGGAUCGUGCCACUUCCUCUUAUUUCCGUCGGAGUUCCAGCAGUAAUGGUUCUGCUCACUCGCGAACUUACAAUAAUUUUGGUCGGAGUCACCGUGAUAGGGACUGGGAUAAGGAUAUAUAUGGCUCUCGUGAUAAAGAAAAGUUAAUUUUGGGUGACCACAAGCAACGAGACUAUUCUGAUCCCUUAGGGAGCAUUUUGCCAAGUAGGCUUGAAAAGGAGGUGUUAAGGCGUUCACAGUCGAUGAUCUCAGGCAAAAGUGUUGAGCCAAAAGUUGCAACUGACUCAAGCAGUGCCAAUAAAAACCACCACAGCAACAGCAACAGCAACAGCCUGCUUGGUGGGGGCAGCCCCAUCAGUGGUGUGAACAAGUCUGCAUUUGAACGAGACUUUCCAUCUCUUGGAGCCGAGGAAAGACAAGCAGCACCUGAAAUAGGAAGAGUCCCAUCUCCUGGCUUGAUUACUGUCAUUCAAAGCUUACCAAUUGGUACCUCGGCCGUGAUUGGCGUUGAUAAGUGGACAUCAGCCUUGGCAGAGGUGCCUGCAGUAGUUGGAAGUAGUGGCACCAGUGCCUCAUCUGUUCAACUAGCCGGUCCUGCAAAUUCAUCUUGUGGGGCUUCAGGCACAACGGCUCUCAAUAUGGCUGAAACUUUGGCCCAGGGUGCUCCUCAUGCUGAGACAACUCUGCAGGUGUCUAUUGGAACUCAGAGGCUUGAAGAGCGCGCUAUUAAGCAAUCUCGCCAAUUAAUUCCUAUGACACCAUCCGUGCCUAAAGCUUUGGUGUUGAAUCCUUUAGAGAAACCAAAGCCUAAAGUUGGGCAACAGCAGCAUCAGACCUCAUCUUCUCACCUUGUUAGUCUCUCUCCUCGUGGUGGACCUGUGAAAUCUGAUGUUUUAAAGACGUCUAAUGUGGGAAAACUUCACAUUCUCAGACCAGCACGAGAGAGGAAUGGUGUCUGUCCGGCAAAGGACAGCUUGAGCCCAACAAGUGGUAGCAAAAUAGCAAAUAGCCCACUUGCUAUUGCUCCAUCAGUUGUUGGAUCUGCUCCAUUACGGAGCCCAGGCAACAACCCAACACUUGCCAUUGCAGACUGCAAGCCUGCUCUGGGAACGUUGGAGAAGAGACCAACAUCUCAUGUUCAGAGCCGGAAUGAUUUCUUCAACCUUGUGAGGCAGAAAUCUAUGACAAGCUCCUCUUCUGCUGUUGCUGAUCCUAGCCGUGCUGUGUCACCUUCUGCCUUGGAUAAGCCUGGCGAAACAGAAGCUCCAUCUGCCUCUGCUAUUCCUCAGAAUGGAGAUGCUCCAUUGCCAGAUAGAUCUACUAGCAGCCAAUCAAUUAAGAGGAUGAGUGAGUUGGCUUCAAAUGGUUAUGCUUGCAAUGGGCCUCAGAAAUCUCUCAACAAUGGAAAAAGUCAUUCUACAUCGGAUGCUAUCAUUUGUUCGGAGGAAGAAGAAGCUGCAUUUUUGCGUUCUCUGGGGUGGGAGGAAAAUGCUGGAGAAGACGAAGGGCUUACAGAGGAGGAGAUCAAAGCUUUCUAUAGGGAUCACAUCAACUCGAGUUCAUCUUCGAAAAUUCUCCAAGGAAUGCAGCCAAGGUUUUCAGUGCCACUCAACUCACAAAUGGGUAGUGUUGGUGGCAUUUCAUCUGGGUUAAGCUCAUCUGACUCUAAGCUGGAAUCUUGAGUUACUAAACCUCUGACUGGGUUUCAUAAGUUCUUAAUUGAUUUCGGGGAGGGUUCUGUUUUCACUUUUUCUUUUUAUUUUUUUUGGCUGCUUGUUUCUUGAUUGAUAAAUCUAAUACUGAGAGGAAAUUUUGAGGAGCCAAUUGGGCAUGAAAAGAAGGGGAAGUUGGGAUUCUGAUAUCAUUGCCGUUUGGUGGAAGUGAAUGAGAAUAAGUCACAGAUGGUUGAGUCCUUCCCAGAAUGACUUGUGAUAUGAUGUGCCUGGUUCUUGACAGAAUAGGAAUAGUUUAUAUAAAGCUGCUUAGGGAAAUUGCUAGUGCAAAGUCUGGGUUUUUGUCCCUUUUCUUUUUUGUUUUUGGAAGUUGAUUGGCUCGACAAAUUGGUUAUGGUUUCUUUCG